AAUGUUAACAUCGAUGGUCUAGUUGCUAAUCAACACUGGGGAGAGAACAGCACUUCGCAGCACUGCCCUAACAAUGUACAAAAUUCCGUCGCAUUUCAAAAAAUGAAAUUAAGAUUUUGGUACAAAAGUGAAACUGCUAUUGUGACAUUCGGAUAUUAGCGUAUUUUGCUGCAAACAGGCGUUAGACGGGGGAAAAUGUCUGGCCACCACCGAAGCACCACACACCAUCACAAGCACACAGACGAGAGGCGUCUGCUGGCGUCGCGCGUCCCUCCAAAAGCCAGGGAAUACUUGUCCGAACUGGCCGUCGAUCGGGAGCUUGAGCGUUUCAUGGCCUUGUCGUCGACCAAUAGCAGCGGGACCAGUCGCAGCAAUAUGAGCAUGCAUUCGGCUCAAUUGUACUGCACUUCCCGAUCAGCGGUAGCGCCAUCAAAGCCUGCCCGCUGCAGUGGCAGGAAUGGAGGAAAAAAGACAUCUGCAGCAGCAGCAGGACAACAGCCAAGCACAGCUGCCACAUCCACUGACGCUCCAGUUGCGUCAGUCCCAAAGGAAACUCAAAGCGAGGAAGAGAUCAUCAAAGUCAUACCAAUUGUAGCCACUGACUGCAUUGUGGGCUGCGAAAGGAUCCGCACCAGUCAAUCCGUGUCCGUGGAAGACCUGCGAACACCCACCAAGGCAGCGGCCACCCAGGCGCCAGACAGGACGCCCCAGAAAAAGACGAAAAAUACCCAAACGCCCGAGUCGGCCGUGAAGUCCCACAAACGCCUCGAAUGGGAUCCAGCCGCCGAUGUGGGAUACUACAAGCGGGCGGUGUCCACCAGCAACCUAAGCACUCUGGAGCGUUCCAUCCUGGAGGAGUGCUGGCGCCAGCCGCAGCAGCGUUCGGAGACCGAUUUGGAUCGCCUGCAGCUGGAGCAGGGAACGACACCCCUACCGCUGCCACAGCGCCCGCCGCUUGCCUCCAGUACGUUUGUGAAUCGCAGCGAACGCAAGACGACGCCCAGUCUAGGGAGCAUACGCAGCAGCAGCAAUCAAAGCAAUCGCAGCAGCUCCAGGCGGGAAUCCAAGUCGCAGUCCCGAUGCACAUCGCCAAAUGGCGGCAGUUCGGUGGCCAGCAGCUUUGAUUAUCAGUCGUCGUUGCCUUUGGGGCAGGGUCGCUCCCAGAAGCAGCUGGCCAAGGAGGAGGAGCGUCAGUAUACAGCCGCCCAGCUGGAGAAGGUCAUGGCAGAUGCCGCCAGUCGACGGCAGGCGAAGGAAAACAAGGAGAACUGUCAGCCAGCUACCCAGAGAGGCAGCGACUCCUCUUCUUCGUCAGUUACUGCUGCUGGAACAGAAGCUGAAUCUGAAGCCGGAUCUGGCAGUGGGCCCAAGGGAGAGCUGGACUUGGGCGUGGAUCUCCUCUGCUCGCUGGUGCAGGCCCGCAGUCUCAGCCACAUCCAGAAGAAGCACUUGAUAAGGGAUAUUGCGAAACGCAUAUCCUGCAUAGAAUUGGGCGAGACCCUGCGCUUCCGCCAGAGUCCAAAAAAGGGAAAAGCAGCUGGUGCCCAAUGUCAGGACAUGGCCACCAACACUACCGCCAGUAAGCCCCGUCCUGUUCCGGCACCAAGGACACUCGUUUUGGUAGCCAACGCCUCGGGCUCCUCUGCAACCAGCAGCUCCAAGGAGAUGAUCACCGCACGGAGCAAUCCACGGACCAGCAAAUCAAGCAGUCAACCCACGGAACAAGAGCAGCAGAGUCCCUCUUCGGAGGCCAGCAUCUCGAAUGAAGUGGAAGCCUCAUCUUCUCACAGCAAUGAUGCCGCUCCCGCACCAGAGAUCGCUCCAGCACCAGAACCCGCUCCCGCACCAGAACCCGCUCCCGCACCAGAAAUCGCUGCCGCACCAGAACUCGCUGCCGCACCAGAACCCGCUCCCGCGGAAAUGGAGCUUGUAAGCCAGGAGUGGCUUAAUCCGAUGACGCAAAGCGAGAUCGAGUACGAGGAGCGUUCGCGUUCGUCCAGCAACGAUACGGAAUGGCGUCCUACGAUCAGUUGGAUUGAGUUGGAGAUCAAGCGCCUGCAGUCGGUGCAUAAGUGUAUGACUAGCAAUUCAUGCCGCCUGGUAGGCCCAGUCGAUCACAAAAGUCCAACGAAUCCCACGGCUGCCAUCGAGUACAAUCCCCUGAUCGGUGCGAAGCCGCUGAUUGAGGUGCUGCCGGCUGCCUCGAUUCCGGUUGCGAAAGCGCCACAACGUCGAACAGUGCCUGUUCGAGCACGCAUGCUUAGAGGUGCGCAAGAGGAGCGGCCACGCUUGAUUGGGAGUCUACAUCCUCAGGGAGGACAAAAGGAGCCUCUACCAUGCGAAGAGCAGCCCCCAGCUGAGGGUAGAUCUCUAACAAAUGUGGAGCCACCAGCACCACCGCCAGCAACACCGGAAUUACAGGUGACCCCACCGAUACCACCACCGCCGCCGCCACCAGUCCCCAGGAGCAUUCCACAGCGAGGGAAAAUGGCCACACCCAAUAGCUCCAGCGAUGGCGGCCGCAGCGAAAGUGUGUGCUCCUUUGUGCAGCAGCGACAGCGGCAGUUUAUGGAGCACUAUCAGAACCAACAGCAGCAGCAGCUCCAACAACUGCAACAGCACCAGCAGCUGCAACAGCAACAGGAGAUGCAGCAGCAACAGAGGAUCUAUCAGAAGCGGCAGCAACAGGAGCAUCAUCUUCGGCCACAGAUGCAUCUUCUACAUUGUCCCCAGCACCAGGAGCAUCAUCAUCCACAGCAUCGGCAACAUCGACAUUGCCAUCCAGCGGUCCAUGGACAUGGGCCGAGUGUGCACCAGCAGCAGCAUACGGCACCGCAGCACUACAUUCAAAUGCAAUAUUCGCUGCCAGCAGCAGAAGCAGGCGCAGGAGGAGACGCUGGUGUCUACUACACGGCAGUGCCCCAAGGGUACAGCCUUUUGAACAACGAUGCCAUUGCCGAAUAUGUACAGGUGGCAGCAGCAGCAGUAGGAGGAGGAGGUGGUACCACUACCACAGCGACAACCACCAGCAGUUCGAUCUCUUCAAUGCUGUGCCUCAGCUCGGAGAUGUCCAUACCGAUGGGUGGAGGAGUCGUAAACACCUCCAAGACGACCACGACAACCACCACGCAUCAGUAUGACGAUGCUAUGGCAGAUAGCACCGGCCAGAGGCACCGCAGGGACCAGAACCAGAACCAAAACCAGAAGCAAAGGCUGAUGCAGACACAGCGCAGGGGGACGCAUGGCAUUGCGUAUAUGAUUCAGUUCGGUGAUAGCGAAAUGCUGCAAACAAUGUCGCUGCAGGAUCACCUACAGCUCGCCCGUCCCAAGUUCUGUGCCAAGUCGAAGCAGCGCAAGGCCAUACUCAAUGAAAUGCAGAUGCUACGCAGCGAGAGGCGGCGCGAGCUGGAGCAGCUGCUCGGGGAGGAUGUUAGCUUGGAGACACUGGACAGGCGGCUGCAACGACUGCCACCGCCAGUCACAUCUUGUGUCAGAGUUUUCACCACGAAGGAGAUGAAGGCAAUGACCAGCAAACGAUGCCAGCGACUGCCCGAAGUGGUGGCCGCACAGAAUCGUGAGCGCGAAGAGCGACGCCGUCGCGGCAAUCGCCUCAUGCGCGAUGUCUUCAAUCGGCGCAUGCAAAGCCGCGUGUCCAAGGGAAAGAUUUCCCUCAACCACAGCCUGACCAUUAUUUAGGAGUCGCUCCUCAAAAUAGAGACAACACAUUGCCAGUUGAAGGCUUGAUUUAAGUUUUUAAAUUCUUAUUUUUAACUUUUUU